GUAAAUAACCGCCUUUCCUUCUUCAUUUCGUGUCUAUCUACAUCAAUUUCGAAUGGGUCAUGCUUUGAUUUCUCAUUCUAGCUAAAAUUUCCGGCAAGCUUAUUAAUGCUCACCGUUCGGCUGAAUCUUUAGUCCCCACAAUUCAUUGAAUUUGUAGAGCCACUUCAAAAUUUAAAAGCCCAACUGGGUUUCCUGACUUUGCUACAUAGAGAGCUCCGCCUUAUUCUUUUUCCUUUCUGAAGCUUUUGGAUUUUGUGAAACGAUAACAUACCAUGUGUAUUGUUUUGUUUGUUUGGCAAUCUCAUCCACACUAUGAAUUCCUUCUCUUGCUCAAUAGAGAUGAGUAUCACAACAGGCCUACAAAGCCGGUGUCAUGGUGGGAAGAUACUGAAAUAUUAGGUGGAAGGGAUGAGAUUGCAGGGGGUACAUGGUUGGCUUGUACAAGAGAAGGAAGGUUGGCCUUCCUGACUAAUGUUUUGGAACUUCACCCCCACCCGGAGGCUAAGAGCCGAGGGGACCUAACUGUGCGUUUCUUGCAGAGCAGGAAAAGUCCAAUGGAGUUUGCAAAAGAAGUGGUAAAGGAAGCAGAUCAGUAUAAUGGAUUCAACCUGGUUUUAGCAGAUCUUUCUUCCAAAACCAUGGUUUGUGUUUCUAACAGACCAAAAGGGCAGCCUGCUUCCAUUGAAGUGGUUUCUCCAGGUAUUCAUGUGCUUUCAAAUGCAAGGCUAGACUCCCCCUGGCACAAGGCUGAGCGUUUGAGUGAGAAUUUCAAGCAACUAAUUGGAAAAAAUGGCAAAGGAGAAGUUCCUGUAAAACAGAUGGUUGAAGAAUUGAUGACAGAUACAGUUAAAGCAGAUGAAAGCAGGUUACCUCACAUUUGUUCUACCGAAUGGGAAUUAAAGUUGAGUUCUGUAUUUGUGAAAGUAGACACUCCACUGGGGUGUUAUGGCACUAGAAGCACUGCUGCAUUGUCUCUGACAGCAAAUGGAGAAGUAAGCUUUUACGAAAAGUAUCUUGAGAAUGAAGCCUGGAAGGAGCACACCAUCAAUUUUCAAAUAAAGAACCCAGAGAACUAGAUAGAGAGGUGGUGCUGCCCCAGUCUCAAUCCAGAUUACAACGCGCCUGAGAAGUUGUAAACAGUACAUUCUCUUUGAAUAAUGAAAUAAAGAUGUCAACCACGCUGACAGUCAUCGUUGUCAGCCUUCCUGUAU